AUGCUCCGGGGGGGCCAGCUCCAAAGCAGCCCCCUUUCUUCAGUUGUCCCCGAAAGUGGUUCUCAUCGGCAAGGUCCCCAUCGCCUGCAGGUUGGGGUGCCUAGCCCUCGACACUGCGCUCAAGGCAUCUCUCAGACAUCCUUGGCCUGCGAGAUCCCACCUGUGCGGUUGAGAGAACAGACUUGGCACAGACCUGGCCCACACCUGCCACAGGUGCGGGCAUCCCUGCUUUUCCUUGUCACAGGGAAGGAGACCCACCUGUCCCGUGACCCAUGGAAGGGACACACGCCUCCUUCCCUCUGCCCCGCACCCCCACCAGCUUCUGGGCCCUGGGUGUGGGAGAUGCCUGGAGGGGCACGGGAAGCAGAGGGGCCUCCCGAGGCCAGCUUGAGUGACCUCAACCUUUCUCAGCAUCUCAUCCUCUCACCUGGCCUCCACUUUUCUGUUGAGAAGUCUGCCACCUUUAGCACAUUGCUCUUGGUAAUAUAA